AUGUCGGGCAAGUCGUGCGCUUCGGGCAGCGUCCGCUCGUGCGCGGGUUCCGUGCGGCUGGGCACGGCCAGCGGCCACGAGGUCGUGCUAGACGCGCUCUACGAGCGAAAGCGCGACAAGAAGAGCGUCCGAGUGCUCACCGUCAUCAUUUACGUGUUCUCUGUGUCACUCGCAGCGAUCAUGCUCUCGCUGUACUACGUGUUCUUCUGGGAGCCCAAGGACGCGCAGUACGCGCAACGCAAGGUGUCUCAUACUGUCACGCAGCAAACCAGCACUACACCAAUGCCUACAUGCUUAGUACCCGACACUGGACCAAGCAAUAUCACAGUAAACGCAAAUUCUACCGAAACGUUUCCAGCAAAUCUUCUAGAGCCUAUAUACGAGAGCACAAGAGAACAUUCGGGGUCUGAUUUGGCCACUAACUUGACGACCGAAGCAGCUUCGAUGUUGGAAACUACGCACGACGACUCCAAUUCCUAUGACGUUGGCACCGACAAUGACACAAAUUCUAUAACAUGA